AUGACAUCAAAAAACUAUUCCGGACCUAUGCCAUUCGACUGCGAUACCUCGUAUAAUCCAACAAUAGAAGUUUUGAAAUAUAUUGGUUCAAUUUCAUAUUUAGUGCCAGGAUGUGUACUUCAUUUUUUGAUACUAAAAAGCAUUUUGUUAACUCGCAAGGAUUAUUUUAAGAAUAGCUCAUUCUUUACACUUUUUACAAUGGAUUCUAUAGCGAGCAUUAUGUCGAUUCUUCUAGACGUCUUCUUUGGACGUCUCUUCUUAUAUGUCUCUCCUCUGUGCCCCAUAGUUGGACCAUACUUUUGGUACCCCUCAAUGAUUCUAAAAAUCUAUUAUUACGUUCUGGUCCAUACUAGAUUCGCCAAAGCCGUCGCUCAAAUUUUCAUGGUUCUCAACAGAAUGACUUGCGUUCUGGUGCCCACUUUUUAUACUACGAUUUGGAAUAAACUGAUACCUAUUUCCGUGGCUAUGAUUCUGUUAGUUCCUUUUGGGGGUACUUGGUAUCUUUUGCUAACCCCAAGAUAUUUUGUAAUACCAUCUUAUGGAGGAUUUGCAGUGAUUUAUAUUAGAACUGUGGAUUGGGCUGCCGUCUCCUUAUUCCAAUCCAUCUACUAUCUAACUGCUCUUGGCUUCACUGUUAUCUGUACCACUAUCACCUUGUACAGUCUUAUUUUACUGCGAGUUCGUGUGAAAUCCGCUGAAAAAUCACUUUGCUUCACUUCCAUGUUCAUCUCUUUCAUUUUUCUCCUAGUUGCGGCUACUCAGAUUUGCUACAUAGCCUGUCUUGAGUGUCGACCGUCUCCAUAUCUCUUUUCAGCUCAAUUUCUGGCGUUUGAUGCAUUUUCAGUGGGGUCAGCUGUUAUAUUGGUGUUGAAUAAUAGUCAACUGAGAGACUCGAUAUUUUCACCGAGCAAAAACGAAGACCGCGUGUUUCGAGCAUCAACGAAUAACUCUUUUACUAGUCAUGUGAAGAUUUAG